AUGGUGAGCGAUAUCUGCAUCUCCCUCUUGCAAAUCAAGAAGGGAGCAAUUUUAAAAGGUCAUGGUCAAGUGAAGAUGAUACACGACAAAGCGGUUGUAACUAUCAACAUCACAACAGUCGAUAAACAAAUAGAGUACUUCCAGGAGCCCCCCAACUGCCUUCAGUCCACCAGCCUUGGAUGCUUCCAGAAUAGUACUUCUAGCAGCCCCCCAACUGCCUUCAGUCCACCAGCCUUGGGUGCUUCCAGACCCCCAACUGCUUUCAUUCCACCAGCCUUGGAUGCUUCAGAGUUAAGUACUUCCAGCACCCCCCAACUGCUUCAGUCACCAGCCUUGCAUGCUUCCAGAAUAGAGUACUUCCAGCCCCCAAGCACCAACUGCUUCAGUCCAUCAGCCCCCCUGGAUGCUUCACAGAAUAGUACUUCUAGCAGCCCCCCAAACUGUCUUCAGUCCACCCAGCCUUGGAUGCUUUCCAGAGAAGAGUACUUCCAGGAAAAAACGUUGGAUGCUUUCAAGAGUAGAGUCUUCUCCAGCAGCGCCCCAACUGCUUUCAGUCCACCAUCCUUGAUAUUUCCGAGUAGUAGUACUUCCAGCAGCCCCCAACUGCCUUCAGUCCGACCAGCUUCCUAUGCUUCCAGAGCACAGUUACAACCAGCAGCCUCCCAACUGCUUUCAGUCCACCAGCCUUGGAUGCUUCAGAAGCACAGUACUCCAGCAGCCCCCAACUGCCUUCAGUCCACCAGCCUUGGAUGCUUCCGGAGCAGAGUACUUCCAGCAGCCCCCCAACUGCUUUCAGUCCACCAGCCUUGGAUGCUUCCAAAGCAGAGAUCUUCCAGCAGCCCCCCAACUGCCUUCAGUCCACCAGCCUUGGAUGCUUCCAGAGUAGAGUACUUCCAGCAGACCCCCAACUGCUUUCAGUCCACCAGCCAUGGAUGCUUCCAGAUCAGAGUACUUCCAGCAGCCCCACCACUGCCUUCAGUCCACCAGCCUAAGAUGCUUCCAGAUCCACCAACCUUGGAUGCUUCCAGAGUAGAGUACUUCCAGCAGCCCCCAACUGCCUUCAGUCCACCAGCCUUGGAUGCUUCCAGAGUAGAGUACUUCCAGCAGCCCCCCACUGUUUCCAGUCCACCAGCCUUAGAUGCUUCCACAGUACAGUACUUCCAGCAGCCCCCUAACUGCCUUCAGUCCACCAGCCUUGGAUGCUUCCCAGAAGUAGAGUACUUCCAGAAGCCCCCAACUGCCUUCAAUCCACCAUCCUUGUAUGCAUCCAGAGCAGAGUACUUCCAGCUUCCCCCCAACUGCCUUCAGUCCGCCAGCCUUGGAUGCUUCCAAAGCAGAGAUCUUCCAGCAGGCCCCCCAACUGCUUUCAGUCCACCAGCCUUGGAUGUUUCAAGAGUAGAGUACUUCCAGCAGCACCCCAACUGCUUGCAGUCCACCAGCCUUGGAUAUUUCCAGAGUAGAGUACUUUCAGCAGCCCCCCAACUGCCUUCAGUCCACCAGCCUUGGAUGCUUCCAGAGCAGAGUACUUCCAGCUGCCCCCCAACUGCCUUCAGUCCACCAGCUUUGGAUUCUUCAAGAGUAGAGUACUUCCAGCAGACCCCCAACUGCUUUCAGUCCACCAGCCUUGGAUGCUUCCAGAACAGAGUCCUUCCAGCAGCCCCCCAACUGCCUUCAGUCCACCACCCUUGGAUGCUUCCAGAGCUGAGUACUUCCAGCAGCCCCUUAACUGCUUUCAGUCCACCAGCCUUAGAUGCUUCCAGAACAGAGUACUUCCAGCAACCCCCCAACUGCCUUCAGUCCACCAGCCUUGGAUGCUUCCAGAAACAUAGUACUUCCAGCAGCCCCCUAACUGCUUUCAGUCCACAGCCUUUGAUGCUUCCAGAGCAGAGUACUUCCAGAAGCCCCCCAACUGCCUUCAGUCCACCAGCCUUGGAUGCUUCCAAAGCAGAGAUCUUCCAACAGCCCCCCAACUGCCUUCAGUCCACCAGCCUUGGAUGCUUCCAGACCUUGGAUGCUUCCCGAGUAGAGUACUGCCAGCAGCCUCCUAACUGCCUUCAGUCCACCAGCCUUGGAUGCUUCGAUAGAGUACUUGCCCCUAAGCAGCCACCAGCCACUGAUGCAUGCCAGCCAGAACUGUGCCUUGGAUGCUUCCAGAGUAAAGCCCCCAACUGCCUUCAGUCCACCUGCUUUGGAUCUUCCAGAGAAAGUAUUCCUCAGCCCCCAACUGCCUUCAGUCCACCAGCCUUGGAUGAUUCCAGAGCAGAGUUCUUACAGGAGCCCAGCCACUGCCUUCACUCCACCAGCCUUGGAUGA